AUGGCCAGACAAGGAGAUGGUUUUGAGGGAAACGUGCAACAUCUUCAACAUAAUCCUAUAUACAACUGCAAAACAUGCAACAAGGAUUUUGAACAUGCUAUUCACUGUUACUACUUGGUUGUACGUGUCUCUGAUGACUCAAAGGGAGAAGUCAAGUUUUUGCUUUUCAACAAUAUUGCGGAGAGGCUCAUUAGGAGACCUGCGUUUGAGUUAGUCCAAGAGGCUGGUCAGGAAAAUCCACAUUUUCUACCUCAGUCUCUAACUGAUUUGAUUGGGAGAAAACUUCUAUUUAAGAUUACUAUCGCAACAAGACAAGGUCCCAACAUGACACGCCAUAGUAUCCCGACUGGUCCAGCAGUGUUUGUAGAAGAUGCACCUCGUGAAGCUACUCAAAGUCCAUUCCAACAAACCAAAACCAAUGAAUUUAUUCCUCCACCAAGGUUCAUCGUCGAGGAUCAUCCUGAAGCUUACAAUAAUAGAUAUGCAAUGGAAAGUGAGUCUGAAAAUGAAAAUGAUAAUGAAGAUGAGGAGAAUCAGACUUACACUACCUAUCCAGCUGGAGAGACUUUGAUAAACACAUCACCACAACAUAUCCCACAAGAAACUAAUAAUACAGUUACUUCGCCUAUUGUCAUUGGGAUACAAAAAAACGGUUACUACGACGACGGAGAUCCAGGUUGGAAUUUUGUACUUCCUCGGCUCGCGAAUCCUCCAAUGGAGUUAAUGACUUUGUUAUGCAAAGGAGACGAGUUAAGCAAACAUUAUCGAGAGUUCAUACGAGCUUACAAUAUGAUGUUCUCUUUCACAUCUCUUGGGGGGAAGAUAGAUCAUUCUAUUAACAAUGGUCGUGGACCAUUUGUUUUCCGAAUGUCCGGUGAGAACUAUCAUCGUAUUGGUGAUAUAGUUCCCGAGCCUGGACAAGCUCCAAAAUUUUCCCAGCUCUAUAUCAUUGACACUUUAAAUGAGAUCAAAAAUAGACUUGACGCUUAUGCCGGGUCUGACAGAGCUGCUGCUAAGAAACUAAGAGAACCACUUGUUCUUCUUCUGAAGAAUAUGUUAGAUCAGUGUAACCCUCAUGUCAAGGCUUUUAGGUCUGCAAGAGACAGAUUCGACGUGGAAGGAUCAACAGGUUAUAGGAUGAGAUUGAUUGAAAGUCGACAAUCUGAUGGACGGACCCAUAAUCUGCCGACUGCAAAUGAAGUUGCUGCUUUGAUACCUGGAGAUUUUGUUUUAAAUAUGGAGACACGAGAUAUUGUUCUAGAGAGUACAAGUGGAAAGUUGCAAAGGAUAAGUGAAUUACAUCCGGCGUAUUUGCCUCUGCAAUAUCCACUAUUGUUUCCAUAUGGAGAGGAUGGCUUUCGAUUAAAUAUUCCUAUUGGUUUUGAAGACAGCACUGCGAGAAAACGCAAGAAUGUAACUAUGCGUGAGUACUUUGCAUUUCGGAUUUUAGAGAGGAGGUGGGAAGCACCUACAAUUACAAGAUCAGGCAGAUUGUUUCAUCAGUUCCUUGUGGACGCUUACACAAUGAUAGAAUCGAGUAGACUACGUUACUUGUGGCUGAAUCAGAAAAAGCUCCGGUCAAGUAGUUACGCUGCAAUCCAGAAAGCAGCUACAAGAGCUGGAGCUAAGAUGGCGGAACAAGGGAGCCGAAUUUUCAUUCCAGCAACUUUCACCGGGGGAAAAAGGUAUAUGAAGCAGCACUACUAUGAUGCCAUGGCUCUGUGCAAAUACCAUGGAUUUCCCGAUAUUUUCAUCACUUUUACGUGUAAUCCAAAAUGGCCUGAAGUUACAAGGUAUCUGAAAAAAUAUAACCUGACCACCGAAGACAGGCCAGAAAUAUUGUGUAGAGUUUUCAAGAUGAAACUCGAUAAUCUUAUCGGCGAGUUGACUAAAAAGAACGGCUCCUUAUUCGGUCCUGUUGCUGCAGUAAUGUACACGAUUGAGUUUCAAAAAAGAGGAAUGCCACACGCUCAUAUUCUUGUCUUCAUGGAAAAAGGAUCAAAAUUUCCAACAGCCGAUGAUAUAGAUAAGAUUAUUUCCGCUGAAAUACCAGACAAGACAGUAGAUCCAGACCUGUAUGUGAUCAUUGGGGAUUGUAUGAUGCAUGGUCCUUGCGGUGCAGCAAAGAAGGAUAAUGUAUGUAUGGUUAACGGUAAAUGUUCUAAGAUGUUUCCGAAACCUCUCAACAUCAGGACAUCGAUUGACGCAAAUGGAUUUCCAGCUUACAUGCGUCGGAUUGAUGGUAGGUUCAUUGAGAAAAAUGGAAUCAGAUUAGACAAUGGAUUUGUUGUACCAUACAACAGAGACCUCAUGCUCCCAUAUGAAUGUAGAGUGGGACCUGAUUAUGCCUCAGCUACAAUGGAUAAAGAAGAUGAAGAUGGCGUCAUUGACGAAAUCAAAACAUAUUACGACUGCAGAUAUAUUACUGCAUGCGAGUCGUCUUGGCGGAUUCUUGCUUUUCCUACACAUUUUCGUACUACUUCUGUAGAGAAACUUGGCUUUCAUCUUCCGGAUCAGGAACUGGUAUUUUUUGAUGAAGACGAACCUAUUGAGAGUAUUCUCAACAAAAAGACUGUCAACCAAUCCAUGUUUUUGGCCUGGUACGAGAGAAUGGGUACCACGGAAACGAGGCUUUGCGAUAGGGAGGAUUGCGCAUAUUCAGCCAUCAGAGGGCCGACAUCAUACGAGGAUAUAAGAACAGUUGAUGGUGUUUUAUAUCAUACAUACGAAGAUGCUUGCUAUGCGUUGGGAUUGAUGGAUGAUGACAAGGAAUUCAUAGAAGCUAUCAAAGAUGCCAGUGACUGUAGUUCUGCGACGUAUGCAAGGAAGCUUUUUGCGAGAAUGUUGGUUUCCAAAUCGUUGUCUCAGCCUCAUGUAGUGUGGGAAGCUACUUGGGAGUAUCUUACCGACGAUAUUCUUUACAAGAAGCGGCGAGAAACUGGACGACCUGAUAUGAACUUGACCAUAGAGCAGAUCAAAAAUAUUGCUCUUACUGAGAUCGAAAAUCAUUUGCUCAGCAAUGGUCGUAGCCUCAAGAAAUGGCCCCACAUGCCAAAGCCAGAAAAUUUUGGAGAUUACAACGGCAAUCGCCUUAUAGAUGAUGAGCUUAAUUAUGUUGUGGAAGAUCAGCUAAAGGAAAAUGAAAGACUUAUGGCGAUGAUAACAGAUGAGCAAAGAGGGGUAUACGAACAGAUUCUGGAUGCAGUUUUAAAUGAUAGCGGUGGAGUGUUCUUUCUUUAUGGUUAUGGAGGCACAGGAAAAACCUUCGUAUACAGAGCACUCUCGUCAGCUAUCCGAUCUAAAGGUAUGAUUGUUCUAAAUACCGCAUCAAGUGAAUUGCAGCAUUGUUGUUGGAAGGAGGUAGAACCGCACAUUCCAGAUUUGGUAUUCCGAUAG